GUAAACCCUGUCCACUUUAACCUAUAUAGCUGCUUGAAGGUGUGAUUUUUGACCGGGUCACCCAGCUAACAGCAGAGGGAGGACCAGCGCCAACUCGCCGUCGCAUUUAACAAUCCAGCGAGAGCUCUUAACUUUAGGCAGAGACAGACUCGACACAGCAGCAGCAGACAUGUCUCGUUUAGUCGCCCGUCUCUUCGUUGUAGUUUCUCAGCACGCGAAGGCCAGAUCCGCGGUGUUACCGAGGAGGAUCCCGGUAUUCACCCGUCCUGUAUCCACAUCUCAAGGCCUGCAGUCUCUCACUCGUUACGAUGAGAGUACAGACUGGCAAAAGAAACUGACCCCAGAACAGUAUGUAGUCACCAGAGAGAAAGGGACGGAGAUGCCCUUUAGUGGGAUCUACCUUAACCAUUCUGAAGUGGGGAUGUACCACUGUGUCUGCUGUGAAGUUCCACUUUUCAGUUCAGAGGCUAAGUAUGACUCGGGGACAGGCUGGCCAGCAUUUAAAGAGGCCCAUGGGACAUGGGAGCGGGACGAAAGCCACACCUCCAUCAUUCGUCGCCCUGACAACAGCCUGGGAAGUGCUGGGACUGAGGUCCUUUGUAAAAAUUGCGAUUCCCACCUGGGUCAUGUGUUUGACGAUGGACCAGACCCGACAGGUCAGCGGUUCUGUAUCAACAGCGUGGCCCUCACGUUUAAACCCAGAAAAAACAACGAAGCUGACAAGGAUGAGCAGAACUGAUAAACUGCUAGGACUACUAGGAAAACACAGUUAUGUUUUAUUUCAUACCUGUUGAUUUUAGGGGGCAAAUCGAAGGACCACCUAAAUGUCAGAGCAUUCAUUCCAUGGUUUUGACCAUUUGUCUUAAUAAUUGAAUUCUGAAGGAAGAGGACGUCCUGGAGUUUAUUUAAGUGGAAAAGAACUAAGCUCAGUCUCUUGAAACAGUGGAUAUAUGGACUGGAGGAAAGUCUACAUAAAGGAACAUACCGUACAUGAUUCACACAAACUCAAACCAUCAGGGGUCUCAUUUAUAAAACUGUGCAUAGGAUCCUUACUAAAAGUGUAUGUACGCCCAAAAGCCAAAAUUGGCAUACGACAAAAAAAAACAAACAACAGAUUUAUAAAACCGUGCGAAUGCACAUCUGUAAGCAAUGUUCCCUUUAUGAAUCACAGAUUACCCACAAGUGUGCAUACGUGAAUCAGCCUCUUAUCU